AUGAAGAUAUCCUAAUUUCUGGAAGUGCUGACUGUUCUAUUAAAUUUUGGGAAAAAACAAUCAGUUGGGAUUUUUACCUUAUUUUAAAUGGACAUUCAGGAAAUAUUCAAGGCUGAGUCUGAAUUCAGAAAAAAAUCAAUUAAUCUUAUGUGCUUAUGA